AUGGUGGAAGACAAGGUGCAGGAUGCAGGGCCAGACGACAAAAAGAAGGCAGCAGUGAAAAAGAAGAAGUUGAAACCAGAGGAAGAGAAGGAUGCUGACCUCUCCGAGGAAGAUUUGGAACUUAAAAGUAAUCUGGCCCUCAUGGUCUCUCGCAUCGCUGAGGGUGAUCCGGGCGUGCAAGCGCUGGCCCUUCAAAGCGUCUCAACAGAGAUUCGAUCAGCCACCACUUCUAUGACAAGCGUGCCUAAACCGCUGAAAUUCCUGAUAUCCCAUUAUCAGACCUUGGCAGAAGUCUUUGAGAAGACGCCCGACGGGAAAAACAAGCAGCAGCUGGCCGAUACGCUGUCUGUGCUGGCAAUCACAACCAGCAAGGAAGGAGAGCGUGCCUGCCUGAAGUAUAGGCUAUCGGGCAGCAAGGAUGAGGUGGGAAGCUGGGGCCACGAGUAUGUGCGGAGCUUGUCAGGCGAGAUUGGGCAGGAGUACAAUUCUCGCAGGGAAAAGGAGGAGCCUGUGGAGGACCUGCUAGAGCUUGUGGCCAAGAUUCUCCCCUACCACAUGUCCCACAAUGCAGAGCCGGAGGCAGUGGAUCUGCUGCUGGAGACAGAGAAGCUGGAGUGGCUGGUGCAGCAUGUGGACGCCAAGAAUUAUGGCAGGACGUGCUUGUACCUGGUUUCCUGCUGCGCGUACCUGCCCGAGGGCGAUGACAAGGCGGUCCUGCAGACCGCCUAUGACAUCUACUCCAAGCAGGGCCAGGAAGCUGACGCCCUGCGCAUCGCCCUCAAAAUGAAUGACACGGAGCUGGUAAAGAGGACGGUGGCGUCGUGCGAGGACGCACUGAUAAAGAAGCAGCUGGGGUACCUGCUGGCGCGGCAGGGCGUGGCGCUCAACCUGGAGGACACCGCGGGCGCCAGCAUGGACGAGGACCUGCAGAUGGAGCUGCAGGAGAUUAUCUCCAACUCCAAGCUCUCCGAGCUCUACCUCUCCCUUGCCCGCGACCUCGACGUCAUGGAAGCCAAGCUCCCUGAAGAGGUGUACAAAACGCAUCUGGUGGAGGGCAGGGCACCAGCGGGGCCGGCAGUGGAUUCAGCGCGGCAGAACCUGGCAUCUACAUUUGUGAACGCAUUUGUGAAUGCCGGCUUUGGGCACGACAAGCUGAUGACAGUGGAACCAGAGGCAGAGGCGAGCGGCUCGGACAGGGUGCACUGGAUCUUCAAGAAUAAGGACCAGGGCAAGACUGCGGCGGCUGCCUCUCUGGGCAUGAUCACCCUCUGGGACAUCGAGGGCGGCCUCCCCCUCAUUGACAAGUACCUCUACUCCAAAGACAACCAUGUCGUUGCAGGGGCGUUGUUAGCGGUGGGCAUUCUCAAUUGCGGGGUGCAGCACGAGAACGACCCAGCGUAUGCGCUGCUGUACGACUUUGUGGAGAAGCACGAUCCCGUCGUCAGAAUAGGAGCCAUCAUGGGCCUCGGCCUGGCCUACGCUGGCACUCAGAAAGAGGAGGUGGGCGAUCUGCUGACUCCGCUGAUCACAGAUCCGGACAUCUCAAUUGAGGUGGCCAGCUUUGCAGCUGUGGCGCUGGGCCUGGUAUUUGUGGGCACCUGCCAUGCCAGCAGCGUGGAGGCCAUCCUCCAGGCGCUGAUGCUGAGGGGCGAGGCGGAGCUGGCGGAGCCCUGGGCGAAGCAGAUGGUGCUGGGCCUGGGCCUCCUCUUCCUGGGCAAGCAGGGCGCCGUCGAGGCCACCGUCGAGGUGGCCAAGACGCUGAACGAGCGCAUAUCCAAGUACGGGCAGGUGGUGCUGCAAACGCUGGCGUACGCGGGCACGGGCGACGUGCUGCAGAUCCAGAGCCUGCUGGCCACCUGCGGCGAGCACAUCGAGGUCGAGGAGAACGCCGCCUGGAAGGGCCCUGCCACGCUGGGCAUUGCGCUCGUGGCGCUGUCGGAGGAGCUGGGCAUCUCCAUGGCCCACCGCGCCCUCGAGCACCUGCUGCAGUACGGGGAACCCUCUGUUAGGCGAGCAGUGCCACUGGCCUUGGCGCUGCUGAAUGUGAGCAACCCCACGCUGGGGUCCAUGGACGCGCUCUCCAGGCUCUCCCACGACACUGACGUCGAAGUCGCGCAGAACGCCGUCGUCUCCCUAGGCAUCAUCGGCGCGGGCACAAACAAUGCGCGGCUGGCUGGCAUGCUGCGCAGCCUGGGCAGCUACUACUACAAGGAGCCGACGCUGCUGUUCCUGGUGCGCAUCGCCCAGGGGCUUGUGCACAUGGGCAAGGGCCUGCUUAAUCUCGCCCCCACCCACACCGACGGCCACCUCCUCUCAGGCGUGCAGCUGGCGGGCAUUCUGGCGCUGCUGCACAGCUGCUUUGACCUGAAGAGCUCGCUGGGCGGCAAGCACCCGUACGUGCUCUACUACCUGACGGCUGCCAUGCGUCCGCGCAUGCUCAUGACCGUGGACACCGCCGGCAAGCUGCUGCCCGUCUCAGUCAGGGUCGGCCAGGCCAUCGACACCGUCGCCCAGGCUGGGCGGCCCAAGACAAUCACAGGGUUCCAGACGCACACGACACCGGUGCUGCUGAGCGUGGGGGACCGCGCUGAGCUGGCGACCAACAAGUACCUGCCGCUGUCCAGCGUCCUGGAGGGCAUCGUCAUCCUCAAAGAGAACCCCGACUAUGUAGAGUCCCAAGAAUAGGCGCACAUAUGCCAUGUGCAAUGCUUGUCAUGUUGACACUUGGAUGGGGGCGGCGCACUGCGUGCACCUAGGGCUGCAUGCACAUGCAAUAGACCUGACCUGAGACGGUGUAGCCUCAGGUGAGGCUUUGUCAUUGAACAAACUGGUUGGCAGGCUGUAGAUGCUUUGACGAUGGGCGGUCUGUCGCAUUAAACCUCAUGGAAGGAACUCUUAGGACUGCAACAGGGGGUCAAGCAGUGCUGCUCAAGCAGUGCUGCCAGCCACGGUGGGCACAUGCGUGUGCCCUCCUGAAAGCAAUGGGACGCGCUUGAGAUCAGUGCUCAUGUAACAUGCCUAGCUCAUGUACUAUGUGAUGUCCAAACAGUUC